AUGGUGCGUCAGCUGCACGACGGUAUCGUGGCGCAUGUCAUGGACGAGGGUGCUGUCUCAGAGGCAUUCGCAGUGACAAACGGAAUGAAGCAGGGCUGUGUGCUGGCGCCUACCCUCUUCAGUCUCAUGUUCUCUGCCAUGCUGAUGGACGCCUACCGCGACGAACGCCCCGGGAUCCGCAUCGCCUACAUGACGGACGGUCACCUGCCGAAUGAACGACGGAUGCACUUCCAAUCACGCGUAUCCACAACCACCGUUCACGAACUCCUCUUCGCCGACGACUGCGCCCUGAACACCACCUCGGAUAGGAGAUGCAAUGGAGCAUGGACCUGUUCUCCGCCGCCUGCGAGAACUUCGAUCUACUCAUUAACACGCAGAAGACGGUGGUGA